GAACAAAAAAAACCCAGAUGACAAUAUACACGACUGAACUAUUCCCUAAUUGCCUUCCCUAUAUUACAGAGCUCAGAGUACCUUCUUUGCAUUCAUAUCAUCAUAAUUGUCCAAUUACCUGCAAAAAGAGCAUUCCAAAUGAGAUUUACUACAGAAAUUUACCAAAAAUCCAAGCAUAUUCUGUCGAAACUCGACCGACAUUUUCACAACCAUUUGAUCUAAAAGAGACACAGUUGCUAAAAUCGAUCAAGAAGUCGUAUAAAGCAGGAAACUAUAAUGAGGCUUUCUAUUUCCUUCAGAGCAUGGUGAGCAGGGGUUACCAGCCUGAUUUAGUCCUCAGUACAAAGCUGAUUAAAGGGUUUUUCAACAGCAAAGAGGUUGAGAAAGCAAUAGAGGUGAUGAAUAUAUUGGAAUCGAAAGGCAAGCCGGAUUUAUUUGCAUAUAAUGCUAUGAUCAGUGGUUUCUGCAAGGUAAAUAGAAUUGAAGAUGCUAAUAACCUGCUUAAUAGAAUGAAGGCUAAAGGAUAUUCUCCUGAUAUAGUCACUUACAAUAUCAUGAUAGGUAGUCUUUGUAGCAGGGGGAAGCUUGAUUUGGCCUCGAGAGUUUUGGAAAAGUUAUUGAAAGAUGAUUGUCAACCAACUGUUGUUACCUACACUAUAUUGAUAGAAGCUACUCUUAAUGAAGGCGGGACUGAUGAAGCAAUGAAGGUAUUCAAUGAUAUGCUAGCAAGAGGGCUUGUGCCCGACGUGUAUGUCUACAACACCAUGAUUAGAGGGAUGUGCAAAGAAGGGUCAGUGGAUCAAGCAUUUGCUUUUAUUCGGAACUUACCCUCCCAAGGUUCUCAUCCAGAUGUAAUCUCAUACAACGUCCUGUUACGGUCGUUACUAGACCGAGGGAAAUGGGAACAAGGGGAGCAAUUGGUGAGAGAGAUGCUAUCUCGAGGAUCUGAGCCUAAUGUUGUCACUUAUAGCAUACUGAUUGGUGCAUUAUGUCGUGCGAGCAAGGUGGAGGAGGCUUUAACAAUGCUGAAGGUAAUGAUGGAAAAAGGCCUAAAACCUGAUAACUAUAGCUAUGAUCCUCUGAUUUCAACAUUUUGUAAAGAGGGGAAAUUGGAUUUGGCAAUUGGAGUUUUAGAUCUCAUGAUUUCUAAUGGCUGCUUGCCGGAUAUUGUCAAUUAUAACACUGUUUUGGCAGCUCUGUGCAAGAAUGGGAAGGCUGAUCUAGCUCUAGAGAUUUUUGAUAAGCUUAGUGAGGUGGGUUGUGAUCCAGACGCAAGCUCCUACAACUGUUUGAUAAGUGCAUUAUGGAAUGUCGGGGAUAGAACAAGGGCUAUGAAAGUGGUAGAAGAUAUGUUUAAGAAUGGGGUUGAUCCUGAUGAGAUUACUUACAAUGCCCUUCUAUCCUGUCUUUGCAGAGAUGGGAUGGUCGAUGAGGCUAUGAAAUUACUAAGGGACAUGGAGAACUUUGGUACUAAACCAACAGUUAUUAGCUACAAUAUGGUCCUACUUGGCCUUUGCAAAGAACGCAGGCUGACAGAUGCAGUUGAAUUGUUGGGACGGAUGGUUGAAAAGGGUUGUCAGCCAAAUGAAACAACUUAUAUUUUGUUGAUUGAAGGGGUAGGAUUCGCUGGGUGGCGUGACGAGGCUAUGGAAUUGGCAAACACCCUAAUGGAAAUGAAUGCACUUUCCGCUGAGUCUUUCAAACGCUUGAGUAAGGCCUUCCCUGUUCUUUCUACACAGAAAGAACUUGCAGCCUCUGGAAUAUGAAUAAAUAUGAAAAUAUUCCAACAACAAAAGAGAUCUGUAAUAUUAUGUCAAUAUUAACUAUAUAAGACACUGUAUAUAAAAAUCUGUUCUGGAAAGACCAAAAUUCCAUACAUGUUUAAUGAUGGCAGCUAGAAGUUUGCCAUUAUGCUGUCAUUUAUCAGAGCUAUUUCAGCAAAAGUGUAAAUAUUUCACUUUCUACUAAUACCACAUGUACUGCCCUGUAAAUUUUGUUUUAAAAUUUGAAGCCACAUGUAUAAGUGUAUUUGAUUUCUUA